AUGGCACUAACCUACCUGCCAACUAUUAUGUUUGUUUACGGGUACACUGGUACCGUAGCCAGAAUUUCCUCAGGGGAUUUUCCAGAUUGGUCCUUAAGAAAUUUUUCUGUCUUUUGUCGCCGACAGCUAUAAUCACGGUUCGUCAUCUCACGAGCCGUGCCGCCAAAUGGAGCGCGUAUAAAAGGCGCGGCGCCACCGUUUGAACUUUCCAAGCCAUUUGGGGUUCGGCAAGUUCUUCUCUUGUUCUUCUCCAGCCAGUUUUUCCAUUAAUUCGAUUCAUCUCCUUUUCUACCAAGAUAAUUUAAACUCAUUUUACUCGCAGUAACACGGAGCCGGCAUAUUUUGAAAUACUGAAUUUGAAAAAAAAAAAGUAAAAAAGGUUUAUCCAUGUAGCGAUCAGUUAGAAUAAACUGAAAUCGAUCAACUGAGUCAUCGAAGCUCAAAUUGAUUCUUUUCCCUUUGAAAUGGCAACUAGAAAAAUGAUCAAAAAGCUCCAUGGUAUCAGGAAUAUUUCUUAGAAAUUUUUCUUCUUAUUUUUUUAUCGAAAAAUGAGGGCUGUGCAAAAUUUUUGAGAAAAUUUUUUUUCAUCAAAGGUCAGUCAAAAAUCGAAAAUGAUGGCUUACAUAAUUUAUUUUUUGUUAGAAAUUUGAAGACGGAAAAAAGAAAACAGAAUAAAAAGAAAUACGUAAUAAGUAGAUGUACAUUAAGUGGACCCGGUGGUUUGGUUAACUGAGCGAAGGCAGCCAGGAGCCGCCACAAUUAAUCACAACUCGCUGGCGAAUGCUCCCAAGCGUCGUCGCCUACAACGCGUCGCUCCAGCCGCCGACGGGCGACAUGAACCGUCGGAUGGAGCGCUUCUUGUCUUUCCUUUUGCGCCUCUUUCGACGAGCUCUGUUGCUUCGCGAGCCCUCAGAUGUUGUCGUCUUCGAGCCGCGAGCUCUCUGA